GAAAUAUUGGUGAAACAGCUUUAAAAGUGCUAGCAAACAAAAACCCCCAAAACCCUUCAGUUGCUCAAGCUUCAACUCUGCUUCGCUUGCUCUAUCCUCGUUUCCUUUGGAACCUCCACCUUCGCACCUUAUCCUCUCUUUAUCGCCUCUCUUCAACAAUGGCUACUAAUGACUCGCCUACCCAACUCACUGAUUCACAAGAAGAUCUCAUUCCUGAGCCAGAACUAGAACCAGAACAAGAGCAAGAGAAAGAGCAAGAAGACCCAGAUGCAGAAAAGCGCUCUUCAUCAUCCUCAGAUUCCGACUCUGAUUCUGAUUCAGACUACGACUUUGACUAUGACUAUGCACCUGGCCAAGACGCCACAGUCCCCUACACCCGCCCUGGUGACGAGCCGCCGCCGUCGGAUAACACACCGGAAAUCAAUAUUGCUCGGUUUUCCCAAGUGCUGGACAGCAAGCAAAUGAAAAAGAUGGAAGAGGAAGAGGAACGAAAUUAUACUUAUUACGAGGACCUGUUUAAUUUUCCUGAGGACGAGGAGAACUGGAGAGAGGAGGAUUUGAAAGAGCUGUGGGCGGAUGCUCCACUGGAAAUGACGAAACCCGGGUGGGAUCCAGUGUGGGCGGACGAGGAGGACUGGGAGAUUAUGAGGAAUGAGAUGAAGAAAGGGAGAGACCCACCCAUUGCUCCGUUUUAUCUUCCUUACAGGCCUCCAUAUCCAGUUAUCCCUGAUAACCAUUACGAUAUCUCAAAUCCCAAGGCUGUUAUUGAGGAGUUGGAUAGAAUUGAGGAGUUCCUUACUUGGGUUAGCUACAUUUUCCCUGAUGGGAGCUCGUAUGAAGGCACUGUUUGGGAUGACCUGGCUCAUGGCAAGGGUGUGUACAUCGCAGAACAGGGACUAGUCAGGUAUGAAGGUGAAUGGCUUCGGAAUAACAUGGAAGGCCAUGGAGUUGUUGAAGUGGAUAUACCUGAUAUUGAACCUGUGCCAGGUUCCAAGCUUGAAGCGAAGAUGCGUGCUGAAGGGCAUAUAAUAUCAAGAGAUUUUAUGUCCCCAGAAGACAGAAAAUGGCUGGAGAUGGAUAUUGAAGAUAGCAUUCUUCUAUCUGGGGGGCAGUAUGAAAUUCCUUUUUAUGAGAAUGAUGAAUGGAUCAGACAAUUUGGGAGAAAACCGGAAAAAGGUCGGUACCGAUAUGCUGGUGAGUGGAAGCAUGGCAGAAUGCAUGGAUGCGGCGUCUAUGUUGUGAAUGAGCGUACAUUAUAUGGUAGAUUCUACUUUGGAGAGUUUGUUGAUGAGGCUACAGACUGUGAUGAGAACAUUUCAGCGUUGCAUGCAGGAAUAGCAGAAGUAGCUGCUGCUAAGGCUCGGAUGUUUGUUAACAAACCAGAUGGAAUGGUCAGGGAAGAGAGGGGUCCAUAUAGUGAUCCUCAACAUCCCUAUUUCUAUGAGGAAGAAGAUGUGUGGAUGGCACCAGGCUUCGUCAAUCAGUUCUAUGAAGUCCCUGAUUACUGGAAAAGAUAUGUGCAAGAUGUGGAUCAGGAAAGAGAAAUGUGGUUAAAUUCCUUCUAUAAAGCUCCGUUGAGAUUACCUAUGCCUGCUGAGCUUGAGUACUGGUGGUCAAAUGAAGAUGAGGAUCCUGAAUUUGUUAUUCUUAACAAGGAACCAGAACCUGAUCCUGAAGACCCAUCAAAGCUUAUAUAUACUGAAGAUCCUGUAAUCCUACACACAAAAACUGGACGAAUAAUCAAUUACAUCGAGGAUGAAGAACAUGGGGUUCGUUUGUUUUGGCAACCUCCUCUAAAAGAUGGAGAAGAUAUGGAUCCUGAAAAGGUUCAGUUCCUACCUCUAGGUUUUGAUGAGUUUUACGGAAAAGAGACAGUGGUGAAGAAAGAAAAUAUCUGGCAGCGUCUUCUAACAGCAGUGGAAAAUGCAUUCAAGCCAAUGCUUGAAAGACUAGAGAAAUGGACUGAAGAGAAGAAGAAAACUAGUGAGAUGAAAAUUAAGCUGCUUGAAGAAGAACUUGCACUGGCAGAGGCCGAAUUGUCUCUGGAAGAGGCCAUUGAAGACAUGGAUGAGGAGUUGAAGAUGCAAGAGAAAGAGGAGGAGAGGGCAGAAAUAGGUUUGCAGGAGGAAGGGGAUAGUUCCGUAUCACCUGAUCAAGAUCAGAGAUCUGUAGUUCAAGAGGAAGAAGAAGCUGAGGAUGAGGAAGAUGAUGAGGAUGAUGAUAUUACGCCAUCAAGUUUUGGGUCUGUAAGCCAAGAUGAGGGCCCAACAAAGAACGACCAGAAGGGAAAAAGACCUGGGGAAACUCCUUUCUCCUCAUGUUCAUUGUCAUUUGCCUCUUCUAGCCUUCUUUCAGCUGUUCCAUCUGGGUUACAAAAAUCCUUUUUGGCUUGGAAGAACAGAUUGCCACAAAAGUCAACUUCUUCCUUGCCUGCAGAGGGCCCUAAUGUCCUUCCAGGAGAGGUUAAUUCAGUCAGUUUUCCCGCAAUCAUUGGCCAAAAAGGAAGCUUGAAAGCUAAAAGCAAUGUGAAUCAAAUGUUUCGAUCAAGAAAUCGUUCCAUCGGAAAGAUGUCGUUACAUUCUUUAUCCCGAAUUCUGUUGUGUCCUCCAGCUUCACGAGAACCUGAAAAGAGACUAAAGAUUUCAAGAAAACAGAGCCAUGCUUGGCUGCAUGCAGCACCAGAGAGAGAUUCAGACAUCAUAUUGUCAUUGCACACCCAAGUAUAUUGUUUAGAAUCACAAGCUGAAACAACUACGUGUGAGCCUCUUUCCCUAUAAAAUUGAGCAAUUUUAUGCUUUUGAAAAAAGACCAAUUUUGUAGACGCCAUGAUCAUUGUUUUAACAAUUUUCACGUUUACUUAGCUUUAACCAGUUUAAGGUGAUGAAAGAGCGUCUGAGCAGAUAAAAUUGCUGCAACUGUAUUUUGUGUAUUUUCACUCAAUAAUAUUGGAAUCAUCUUUGGGAUCGUAA